GACCGCCACACCUGAGCCAGUGGUGGUUGCAGGCGAAGCGGCCUCCUCCGGCAGCGGCAGCCUCUCGCUGAUCCUUCCCCGCCUCCUUCCGCCGGAGCACCGCCUCGGCUCCAAGGGUAUAUCCUUCACUCUCGCCGGAGGUCCUCUGCGUUACAGGCGGCUUCGUCUAAGGUUGGAGAUACCACUGACUUGCUGCGUACUACUGUCAGUUUGGUGCCCAAUUGGGGGAAUUGAACUGGCCAGGUUUCAGACCAACACAAUGCAAGGCAUAUUUGCAUGCGGUUCAAUUUCCUUGUCCCAUGGAGCAGGCUUUAGACCAGCUUGUCUUGCGCUGGAUGAUCUGGGGAUGUUUUACAAAAUAAAUUCAGUAAUCUGUGGAGCAUACCCAUGGCACUGGUGUGUGAAAAAACUGCAUAUGAGGACAAACGGAAGGAAAAUGAAUACUACAGUAAGAACUAACGCCAGAUGGCUAUUUGGAGGAGAUGGCCGUAGCAGUAGUAAUGCAAGACUGGAACGCAGUGAGGCUGCUAAUGAAGACAUCUUGAUCUUCUACUUCCAAUUGGAUUUACAGACCCGGAUACAGUAUGCAUUGAAUAUAGAGCAAUUUGAUGUGGCAAAACAAUUGAGGGAAAAACUCACAGAGAUUGAAACAGAGAUAAUUAGGCAACGUGAAGCUAAAAGAGGCUCAUCAAAGACUGAAGCUCAGGACAAAGCUAUAAACCUUUUACGUGUACGUGCGGAUUUGCAAAAGGCUGUUGGCAGUGAAAACUAUGCUGUGGCAGCUUCACUGCGUGAUGAAAUUGCUAAACUUGAGGCAGAGUCUCUGGCAGUCUCUGCUAAGGCCCUUGCAUAUCAAAAUGUGAAAUAUGCAUUUCGGCUAGGGCAGAAAGUUCGUCAUAAGGUACACGGAUAUAGAGCUGUGAUUUGUGGCAUGGAUCCUGUGUGCUGUGAAUCCAAAUCAUGGAUGGAGACAGCAAAUGUGGAAAACUUGUCCAAAGGACCGAAUCAGCCCUUUUAUCAAGUCCUUGUUGAUGUAUACGCUGACCCGGAACUCCUUGUUGCAUAUGUUGCAGAAGAAAAUCUUGCAGAAGCUGAAGUGUCAGAGAAAGGAAGAUUUGAUCACCCCUAUAUUGAAUUUCUGUUUUUCGGUGAGGACACAGCUGGGGACUUCAUUCCUAUCAAGCAGCUUCGUGAGAAGUAUGACCAGCCACGUUAUGAAGCUUCUGGGGAUGAAGAUGAUGAUGAUGAUGGCAAUACAGAUAGCUGAAAGACAAGCAGCAAGAGUUGUUUUGAUGUCAUCUCUGAAGCCAUGCCACCGACUGAGUUUCAGAAACGGUAAAGAAGCUGUUACUAUCUGAUGUAACUACAGUGAGCUAAUGUCAGUGAAGACUGGCUGGCUGGGCUAUCCCGAACUUCAACAAUCCACAGUAAUCUGCAAUGAAGCAAGCUGCAUCUGAUAUACUGAUAUCUGACCUUGCAGAUUGAGGGUAACUCCCAUGUAUUGCCUAAUCCGUGAAGCCUUCUACGUACACGGUUCCAAUUUCAGUGAAUGUAAAGAACAUCCUCCCAACUUCUGUUAAUGUGCCCCCUCUGAUGGGCAUUUGUAGAUAAGCUUCAUUCAUCAUACCUGCAACUCUGCACAGAAUAAGUAAAUGGUUGACGCACAGCUGCUGGAAUUUUACUUCCGUGGAGAACUGAAAACCACAUGAUUUUCUAGUUGGACACUCGCCCAAAAGAAAGGGUGAAGACCAAAGCCUGCAUUACUCCAGGAGUGUUGCUGCUGCUGGAGUUGAAAUGAUGCUCUCCAGUCUCCAGAACUCCCUAAAGCACGGGCUGCUGCCGCGGAUUUUGAGGAAAAAAAAUGCUGCUCUCUAGAACUCGAUAAACUCUUGUCGUGCCUGAGAAGUUGGAGCGCAAAGAUGUCGCAGAUACUCUCUGACCCUCCCACCCUUGUGACCGGUCUGGCCAAGUCUUCCCCACAUAUCUU